GCUGUACGUGCGUAGGCGCUUCCUCAACUUGACUAGGAGAAACAGCAAAAUAGAAGAUGGCUGGUCACCGGUUGGUCCUGGUGUUAGGUGACCUGCACAUCCCCCACCGGUGCAACACCCUCCCAGCCAAGUUCAAAAAGCUGUUAGUCCCAGGGAAGAUCCAGCACAUUCUCUGCACAGGGAACCUCUGCACCAAGGAGAGCUAUGACUACCUGAAGACUCUUGCUGGAGACGUCCACAUAGUCCGAGGAGACUUUGAUGAGAACUUGAACUACCCAGAGCAGAAGGUGGUAACAGUGGGCCAAUUUAAGAUCGGCCUCAUCCAUGGACACCAGGUGAUCCCUUGGGGUGACAUGGCCAGUCUGGCGCUGCUCCAGAGACAGCUGGAUGUCGACAUCCUCAUCUCCGGGCACACGCACAAGUUCGAGGCAUUUGAGAAUGAGAACAAGUUCUACAUCAACCCUGGUUCUGCUACAGGAGCCUACAGUGCACUGGAAAACAACAUCAUCCCCUCUUUUGUAUUAAUGGACAUCCAGGCAUCUACAGUGGUGACGUAUGUUUAUCAGCUGAUCGGCGACGACGUCAAGGUGGAGAGAAUCGAGUACAAGAAAUCUUAAAAGAUGAUGUGACGAUGAAGGAAGAGGGAAAGAGUUGGGUUUGCGUGGCUCAGUGUAUCGUUUCAUUCCUUUCCACCAGGGGGCAGCAGCUCCCCCACAGUCACCACGAUGUUAAUGCUGUAACUUAACUCUCAAAGACCUGUGUAUUAUAUUGUUUAUAUGUCAUCAGCAGCUGCUUGUAUCCAAGCCGUCAUUUGGUAACUGUAGAGAAUGCAAUAAUGUCACAUGUAUGUGUUAUCAAAAAAGAUAUUUGGUGCCAUUUUCUCUUUUUUUUUCUUUCUUUGUUAUUUCUGCCCUCAUUAUGUUCUGUACAUGUAACAAACCGGCCUUUAGCUUCAUGUAGUCGGCUCUUUUUCAUUAAUUUCCCCCACAAUAAAAGUCUAAUUUCACUCUA